AUGAAGCAUCAUUGGAUUGCCCCCACUUCAAGCCGUCCAAUUCCAGCGAACGCUGUUGUAGCAGGAUACGAAGCUGACCGUUCGCCAAUCUACGUUGGCCGUGCUUACCAUGAAGACCAAUAUCUUCUAGCCAAAGUUAUUCCCAGUAAAAACUGUGCUUACGUUAGCGUAGAAGGUUGUGAAAUCGCCAAGACCGAUUAUGAAAUUCUAGCUGGUGAAAACUAUAGAUGGUUCGAAUGUUUUGUUGGUACAAUGCCUCGAAUUGCUAUGCAAUUUGGUUGCAUGCCCGACGGCGAACCACUCUACAUUGGACGUGGUCAUUUGGAUGGCAGUUUGGUAGUUGGUAAAUUUGAUUUUGCCAAUCGACUUUUGUACAUUCCCUUCAACGGUGAAGAACGAUCAAUAGAAUGCUGUGAAAUUUUAACCUGUUUCUCGCCACCUCGUUGGGUAGCUGAGUCUGUAAAAAAUAUUCCGAAAGAUGCAGUUGUUGGUGGUCAAAUAUCGAGUAAAUUAAAUGUUUAUGUUGGACGAGCUUUUAACGAGGGUGAACUUUUGCCAGCAAAAAUAUUACCUAAAGCUGGAGGGGCUUAUGUGUGUGUAGCUGGUAAAGAUGUUUUUACGAUGAAUUUUGAAUUCUUAACGGGGGAUGGUUAUAGUUGGGUUGCAGCUAAACAUUAUUAUGAAUUGCCGCUGGGUGCUGUGUCAAGUGGAAGAACUAAGGAUGGGGAAUUGGUUUAUAUAGGACGUGGACAUACUAAUGGGGAACCAUGUGUAGGGAAAAUAUAUCCAACUGAAUAUGCAUUAUAUGUUCCAUAUGGUGGAAAAGAAGUUAGAAUUAGGGAUUAUGAUGUGCUUGUUAGAAACAAAUAG